GCGCGAACACCCAGAGCUAUGUACCUACCACCCACCGAGCGAGUCGCAUCCGCCGGCGAAGCGGAUAACCAUGGGACUGGCCCAGACGGGACAUGACUUCUCGAACGGCAUGGUCCAUAUACAUGGAGGCACAGUCACAUUGCCGCGAGAGGACUGGGAGCGCAUCUGCGCCAAACUCCAGCAAGCAGAAAAGUCGCUCGGCGAGCUGAAGAACUCGAUCAGCAGCGUCGCUGAGAUACCGCCUCCCACCAACGGCUUCUCUCCCUCGGGAUCGGGAAACACUUCGCUAGCAGCGGCAGCACCCAUCGACGGCGAGCAAAGCCAUGUCCGAACGCAAGGAAUACACACGCGCAACGACAUGACGGGCCAGACGAUUCACAUCGGGCCCAGCUCGGUUCCUGCACUUGUCAUGGCAUUGGGCCGGGGGAACACAGAGUGGGCGCCGGGUGUGCAAGAUCUCCUGGGUAAGAAGAGCAUGCUGCCAAUAUUCGGUCUUGACAACGAGAGCGCUACGUACCCGUUCGUCGACCUAUGGGGCCUGCCACACGGAUCGAUAGCCCGCGCUCAUGAGCUCGCAAAUGCGCUUCCAAGCGACUCGGAAGUCCUCAGCUUCUUCCGGUGCUACCGCGAGACUGCCCAUGUCGUGUACCCCGCAGUGUCAGACAUCGAGGGAAUCGAAUCGGACUUGAUGCUCUUCCUCAUCCAGCGCGCAAGCUCACAAGGCACAGACGGCAUUACAGACCAGCAGAUCUAUGGUAAAGACCUGCACUGGAUAGGUCUGGUAUUCGCCAUACUGGCUUCGGGAUGCCAAUGCUCGACACUGUCGCGGCGCGAGAGGGAGUUGACAUCCCAAGUCUAUGUGUGCUGUAGCUUCGAAUGCCUCCGCUUCACCAACUUUUUGUCGCACGCGACACUCGAAAAUAUACAGACUCUGCUCAUUCUGGGCAACGUCAUCUCCAACAAUAUGAACGCGGGGGUGGCAUGGAGCUUGAUGGGCUUGACUGUCCGUCUCUCGCAAACACUGGGUCUGCAUCGCAUGUGCCCGCCAUCAACACCUAUCCAGCAAAAGGUCACGCGAAGCAAAGUCUGGUGGGCACUCCUAUGGCAGGACUCUCUUCUUUCGGUGUCGUACGACCGCGCAUCCUCCACCACAACAAUCGACCACACGGUACCUCUGUCUCAACAUACCGCACCCGGCACAAGGACAAUCACCGAGCACCGGAACGAACUUCAAGAAAUCAUGAUCGAUGCAGCCGACUACCUCAAAGACUCGCGAAGAUGUCGCUCGAUGCGCGACCAACUCGAGCACUGGGCUCUAUACCUGCACAUUUCGUACAUCACAUCCGAGCUCUGCCGACCCGCCAUUAGCCCAGCAACCGCCGGCUUCGACCUCUCCAAGACCCUGCGAAAGACAUGUAUCGAUAGCCUCACAAACACGGUCGAAGCCUUCCUCGGCCUCCAAAACAUGACCCCCUUCGCCACCCGCUCCUGGUCCGCCGUCCACCGCUCCCUCAGCUCAGCGCUCCUCCUCGGCAUCCUCGGCGAACACAACCGCAACGAGCGCGCCCGCGGCCUCCUCCAAAACGUCAUCCAAGUCCUCUCCGACGUGACCAAAGACGUCGACCCCGCGGAAAUGGCCACGCCCAUCACGCGCUCCGUGUCGGCGCUUGAGCGCUUGCUCAGGAUUACGUCGACGCAUAAUCGCAAGACGAGCGAGUCGGGCUCGCAGGCCUCGCCGACGAUGCAUGUUUUCACGGCGGAUGAUAUCAAUAGCGCGCUGGUUAAUGGUGAUGGACAUCUUUUCUCGCAGUCCCCGUUGCUCGGGCUCGAGCUGGAUUCGUCGCCGUAUGCGCUCAUGGAAUCGAUUGUAUGGGGCGCACAGAAGACGCCUUGAACGGUUGCAUGUGGUGGGAAAUUCAGAUCUAGAAAACGUAGAUGACGAGGAUGAUGCGACUCGUGCUCCGCGCUGCAUCGUAUGGCAGGAACCGUUGGUGGAGACAGGAGCGGAGUCACGCACGACCUUGGUGAGCGACGAUUCGCCAGCUGAGGACGUUGACAUGAAGUUCCGGCACCGUAUGAGCAUCGGCGAAUGUGAAGAUGAUGGUGGUGAUGACAUGAGAACAGCGCAUGGCGCUCACCGAAGAAGAGAAGAAAAAGAAGCGCCAUCUCGGCAACAUGAGCGAUGACAAAAGCACUGUUUUUUUAUGUAAGAUAUCCCAUUCACGGCGCGAAUGUGUCAACUUUCCACAAGCGCGUUGCGUGGGCAUACCAUGCCGCGAGAUUACAAUUCAAACACAAAGUAGAGGCCAAGAGGCACCAUCAUCCAGAGAUCACGUUCAC